CGUCAUGAUGCUGCCCGAGAGAGAAAACUCAGGAAAGAGGUGGAGAGAGAAUACCAAGAGAAUAUUUUUCGGAAUCAGCAGCUGUUGAAGGAAUACAAAGACUUUUGGGGAAACACUAAGCCACGAUCAGGCAAGAGGACGACAUUUCUCCAAGGGCCGGGGAAGAUGGUCAUGGUUGCUAUUUGCAUCAACGGGUUGAAUUUCUUCUUUAAGCUUCUGGCUUGGGUCUACACUGGAUCAGCCAGCAUGUUCUCUGAAGCCAUCCACUCUCUGGCUGACACCUGCAACCAGGCCCUGCUCGCUCUGGGAAUCAGCCAGUCGGUCCGCAACCCCGACGCCGUGCACCUGUACGGCUUUUCCAACAUGCGCUACAUCGCCUCUCUGAUCAGCGGGGUGGGCAUUUUUAUGAUGGGAGCGGGCCUCUCUUGGUACCAUGGCAUUAUGGGAUUGCUUCACCCGCAGCCAAUUGAAUCUUUGUUAUGAGCUUACUGUAUUUUAGCAGGCUCUCUGGUGUCUGAAGGAGCCACACUACUAGUUGCCAUCAAUGAGAUAAAGAAGAGCGCCCAUCAGAAUGGACUGUCUUUUUAUGAAUA